AUGAAACCCUGUUUUGAAAAAUGUUACUGCAUCUACAAUGGAAAAUUCUUUGACUAUGGGGAUGUGGUAUACACCACUACUGAUGGUGCAGGCCACUGCAUAGAAGCUGUGUGUGGAGUCAAUGACACAAUAGAAGUUAAAGCCUACCUUUGCGAAACUACCACAACUACCCCCUUCAUAUUCAGCACAUCAACUACAGAGACAACAAUUACAACCACCACAGAAACAACAACCACAACAACCAGAGAAACAACAACCACAGCUACCACAGAAACACCAACCACAACUACCACCGAAACACCGACCACAACUACCACCGAAAUACCAACCACAACUACCACUGAAACAUCAACCACAACUACCACUGAAACAUCAACCACAACUACCACCGAAAUACCAACCACAACUACCACCGAAACACCGACCACAACAACAGAAACCACCCAAACGUCAACCACUACUACUUCAUUUACAAGCACAACUGAGGAAACAACAGAAACAGAAGAGACUGAGACCACUGAAACGACUAAAAAACCCACCACAACUACAACAACUGAAAAACCCACCACAACUACAACUACGGAAAAACCCACCACAACUACAACUACUGAAAAACCCACCACAACUACAACCACUGAAAAACCCACCACAACUACAACAACUGAAAAACCCACCACAACUACAACAACUGAAAAACCCACCACAACUACAACCACUGAAAAACCCACCACAACUACAACAACUGAAAAACCCACCACAACUACAACAACUGAGAAACCCACCACAACUACAACAGAAAAACCCACCACAACUACAACAACUGAAAAACCCACCACAACUACAACAACAGAAAAACCCACCACAACUACAACAACGGAAAAACCCACCACAACUACAACUACUGAAAAACUAACCACAACUACCACAACUGAGAAACCCACCACAACUACAACUACUGAAAAACCCACCACAACUACAACAACUGAGAAACCCACCACAACUACAACUGAAAAACCCACCACAACUACAACAACAGAAAAACCCACCACAACUAGAACAACUGAGAAACCCACCACGACUACAACAACUGAGAAACCCACCACAACUACAACAACUGAGAAACCCACCACAACUACAACUGAAAAACCCACCACAACUACAACAACAGAAAAACCCACCACAACUACAACCACUGAGAAACCCACCACGACUACAACAACUGAGAAACCCACCACGACUACAACAACUGAAAAACCCACCACAACUACAACAACUGAAAAACCCACCACAACUACCACUACUGAAAAACCCACCACAACUACAACAACUGAGAAACCCACCACAACUACAACUACUACGGGACCACCUAAACCCACCACAACUACCACAACAACUGAAAAACCCACCACAACUACAACUACUGAGAAACCCACCACAACUACAACAACUGAAAAACCCACCACAACUACAACAACUGAGAAACCCACCACAACUACAACAACAACUGAAAAACCCACCACAACUACAACUACUGAGAAACCCACCACAACUACCACAACAACUGAAAAACCAACUACAACUACUGAAAAACCCACCACAACUACAACAACGGAAAAACCCACCACAACUACAACAACAGAAAAACCCACCACAACUACAACAACUGAGAAACCCACCACAACUACAACAACAACUGAAAAACCCACCACAACUACAACUACUGAGAAACCCACCACAACUACAACAACUGAAAAACCCACCACAACUACAACAACUGAAAAACCCACCACAACUACAACAACUGAAAAACCCACCACAACUACAACAACUGAGAAACCCACCACAACUACAACAACUGAAAAACCCACCACAACUACAACAACUGAAAAACCAACUACAACUACUGAAAAACCCACCACAACUACAACAACGGAAAAACCCACCACAACUACAACAACUGAAAAACCCACCACAACUACAACAACUGAGAAACCCACCACAACUACAACAACAACUGAAAAACCCACCACAACUACAACUACUGAGAAACCCACCACAACUACCACAACAACUGAAAAACCAACUACAACUACUGAAAAACCCACCACAACUACAACAACGGAAAAACCCACCACAACUACAACAACGGAAAAACCCACCACAACUACAACAACUGAAAAACCCACCACAACUACAACAACUGAAAAACCCACCACAACUACAACAACUGAAAAACCGACCACAACUACAACUACUGAAAAACCAACUACAACUACUGAAAAACCCACCACAACUACAACAACGGAAAAACCCACCACAACUACAACAACUGAAAAACCCACCACAACUACAACAACUGAGAAACCCACCACAACUACAACAACUGAAAAACCCACCACA